UAACAUUUUCAGUUGUUUUGGCAAUUAACAUUUGAAGAAAAGAAUCCUUACAUUUACAACACAUUUUCUAAACGUAUGCAUGGUCCUUAGUGUUCUGAGAUGUUUUUGGUCUCUGUUUUAGGUCAACAAUGGCCAACUUGCAACAGGAGUACCCACUGGUUCUGUUGGGAAUUCUGGAGGAACUGGCCAACAUGCGCCAUUGGCUGUCCUUCCAGGACUUGUGUCGGAUGGUCAGCACUCGCUUUGACUUGGAGCAUCUUGUUGAACUCAGGAGUCUGCUAUUCUCUGCAGCUUGUCGUGAUUCCUGCUUCCCCGCCACCCUCUUCAGAGACAGGGUCACAACAAGAGGGUUGGGGCUUUCCCCCAUAGGCGUGGCUGCCGACAUCGUCACUAUUUUCAACCUCAUCCAAAUGACGGGCAGUGCUGGCAUUGAGACCCAUCCAAUAAGAUCACAUCUCAUCCUUCCUGUCGACCAAUCACCAGGGCCAUCUUUGCCUGGUGCUGAUGAUCUAAGAUUUGCAGGACAAUAUUGGACACGUGCCCACUCAGACUCAGGGAGUAGGACUAUUGACCAGCGCAUGCUCUUUCCUAAAUUCAAUUACUCAGUCCGCAAGCGUGGUAGUCUACCUCCCGAUCCCAUAUCUCUGGUGUCUUCCCCUCCAGCCCGAGCUAGGGCUGUUUCGUUUGACUGGCCUCACAAUACCCCACUAUUUUCCAGUGGCAGGGUUCCAGGGCAAGCUAUGCAGAGUAUCUAUCUUCCACUGGAGACAGACAGUGAAUCUUCCACCCAGGAUUCGCUCAGUGGGGACUCUGCCCCCAAGGAUGUCUUUGAAACAGGACCGGAGGGGUCCUGUGUGAAGAGAAGAGACAUCUUCAAGAAGGACUUCCAUAACCAGUCGCCACUUAUUCCCCAAGUGACUAUCAGUAGCGAUUCUCCAAGUCCAAGAGGAGGCGAUGAAAAAUUGUUUACCAACCACAGCUUUGAGGUGCUCACCAACCCAUAUCCGUCACCCACAGCCGAUCGUCCUUCACCAGAGCGUCGUGCCAAGCAUGAAAGCUUCGAUGACAUACAAGACUCCACCUACUUUGGCCCAGCAGGCACCCCAGAGUGGUCUACUGUCCAUCUUCAACCCCCCAGAAGCCAAAAGACAAUAUGGACUGAAAAGAGUAUGAGUGUGGAUAGUAAUGUUGGUUCAAGGCGAGCCAUGUUGGAUUCCAAUCAGUCCCAUCCCAGUCGGUCCACCCCAACCCUCAACCCAGGGGUAUCUUCUGGUCGAGUGAGGCGUAGGAAAUAUGGGGAAGAUGAGGUGGUUGCAAGCAAAGGGACCCAAACGGACCCUCCAGACCCUCGCAGACUUCGUAGCUUGGUCCAUGCUGACCGCCUCUCCUUCAUGACCUCUCUCGAUGACCCUGACAUGAUGUGCGAAGACGACAUCAGUGCAAUCUUCCGCUUCUUGGAUGAUAUGAGUGUGUGUGGUUCUACAGGGGUCCUGCAUCCCCAUGAUGGAGGAGGGGGGCCCGCCAGCCAGGACACUCAUGAGGCGAGGCGUGGGCGGCUCGGCCAGCUGCAGAGGCUUUUCCACUCCUUGGAAAGCAGCGACGAUGGCGUGAAAGCCAGCGUGUGUAAGUUGCUUCUACGCAUGAGCCAGAUCGAACGUCAGUUGGAAUCCCUGUCCGAGGUCAAGGCCGAAAUAUCCCAGGUACUCUCCGCGCUUCGCCGUCUUGAUGAGAAAAUCCAAGACCCUAGUAUGAUAGCCGGAGCUGGAGUCAGGGGCCGGUGGCUGGGACCACCUAGUGCUGGACUAUCCUCCAUGGGUAGCCCCCUGGUAUCCCCUGAUACAGAGUCUUCGGAGCCUCAGCCUCUCUCAGUCUCUGGACAUCUGUUUCCAGGAACUAGCAGUGGAAGUCUGGAUUGGAACAAGUGGAAUGUGAGUGGUGAACAGAAGGAAGAUAGUGGGGGUCAAAAUGACAUUAAAGGUGGGAAAGGAGGUAAAAAGGGAAUACUUUCACGCCGUGCCUCCAAAUCUCAGUCUGAAGAGAAGAGCGUUGUGGAUUCCAAACGGCCAAGCGUGUCAAAUUCUGCAAGGGAUUGGGCAGUGUCAUUUUCAAAGAAUAAAGACGGAAAGGCAAAUCAUGGAAAAACUGGACAGGUGGAACAAACAACCAGUACCUCCAACCUGCUGCCCUCAAAACCCUCCCACUUGGUGGAACAGGUAUUCAACUCUGCCCUCUUUCGCCAGAAGGGGGGUGGCUUAACCUCUGGUUUCAUCAAUGACCCUCGACUGGCUGAAGGAGGACCAGUAUGGACUGUGGGGGAGAGGAUAUCACCUUUAGACCUGCAGGCCCGGGAGUCUUUGAACCCCAACAAUAUGGAUUUUUGGAUGGAAGACAUUUACACCCCAGGCUACGACGCACUGCUCAGACGCAAGGAGGCUGACCUUCGCAGAGCAAAAGUCUGCAAGGUGGGGGCACUUAUCGCCACGGCCGUCACUAUCAUCUUAGUCAUUGUCAUCCCUCUCUGUACUAUGAAGUCAUGAGAUGUUGACUGAUCAAGAAACACAGACUUAAUAAUGAUCAAUUGAUGCAGAAGUGUGUCCAUGUACCCCUCAUCUUGUAAAGGCAAGUGUGAUUUUUGAUGUAUGCAUAUUCAACAUGAAAUGGGGUCUAAAUAUGAAAUUGUAUUAUACCUGUACUUGUAAGUCACCAACAUCUUCAGGUGAGAAGAGUCCAAACUCAAUAGGUACACAUUUGAGUUUUUCUUGUGACGGUAAUUUAGAUUUUAUGUUCUCAAAACACCAAGUUAGUGAGAUAUGUAGAAAUACAUUCAUAGAUAGCAAAAUAUGGCUUAUCUACAAUUUUUUGUUUACAAAUCUCUGAGAGCACAAACUUGGGUCUAGAUUGUCUCUGACUUUGCACUUGUGUAAACAUCAUCCCUUGUUCUUGUAUUUAUUUUCUUAAGGGGAUCAAACAUCAAAUUAUGCAAAUCGGAAAGAGGAAUGGUUUCAUCAUUAUUUUUAUGUUUUUUUUUGGUAUGCAGAUGCAGUUCUGCAAAACCUAAAAUGUGUGCACUGUCUGACCUUGAAUGGCUCAUCCAAGCAACAUUUAAAGCAAGUGCUUGAAUAAAAUAUUUGAUCUUGAAUAAAUAAUGUAUAUUUGGGCAGGUGAAGUGUUAUGGAAUGAUCAUGUCUUUUCAGAAUAUUACUACACCACCUCUGUGCUGUUUUUUGGACUUGUGGAAUAGAGGUGGGGCUUCUUCCAUGAAGCACUCAUCGAACCGGAGAUUUUAGUCAAAUUGAUGUUUGGCUUGCACACACAUCCAACCCAACUAGCAUUGUUUUGCAUGUAUCCACACUUGGCCAUAAUACACAUGAUCCUACAACAUGUGCAGUUGACAUUCUUGAGGUGAUGGUUGACGGUCUUUCCGGUGGUGCCACAUUCCUGUCAAAUGCAGCAUGACUGACUUACACUGAACACAGUUAAUGGAGGGGCAGAGUUUUCUUUUCUUUUAAUUUGGGUCAUGUGGUCAGGAAAAACGGUGAAAACCAUCUGGAUAUUUACAUAUAAACUUAGUUGAACUACAAAGUAAUUAACUUUGAGUGCCAUGGAUAUAUUUUUUAUUGAGUGAAUGAGAAACAAGCAUGUGAUGUAUUUAGCCUGCUUUUGUGCACUAAGACAAACAGGAUGUGCAGGAAUGGGGGGUCGAAAGCACUGCUUUGUCUAAAGUGGAUAUAUGUCUGCAGUGGCUCCCUUGUGUCUAGAUCCAUUACCGUUAUAAUGGUGCUCCUGGAAGCCCCCAGCCUUGCAGUCAGCACAACUUAUUAAAGCUAAUGCCCCCAAAAUAUUUCCAUGUCGGGAUUCCCUUUCCCUCUCUCUAAACAACAGAAAAGUUAUUUCAGAUGUUAUACUUCUUUGUAGCAGUUUCUUCAGUACUUUUGUAAAGGCUACAAUACACCAUGUAAUAA